UUCCACAUCAAAUAGACCGAAAUUCAUAAUGCGAUCCAAAAUCCCGCCCAUCCCAAACGACCGCGUCUGCGCGAGUCGAUUGAGCGUCGCUUCACUCUCCCCAUCUCCAUCUCCAUCCUCAUCCUCUUCGUCCCCAUCCACGAAAUCAGGCGACAUGUUCAAAGACGACGACCCUCCGCCGGGUAGAUCAAAGUACUCCCCCAUGUGCAACUGCACCGAAGCCAAAGGCGUCCGCGAACCCGUCGUCAACGUCACGCUCCCCCGCCUCGACGUCCGUCGACUCCCCGUCCGACUCCCGUACCGACUGCCCCAUCGGUUCGCCCGCGCACUCCACUCCCCCGAUUCUCCGUUGGCACUCUGCGCAGCCAACUCCUCGUACCCCUCAUCCUCAUCCUCCUCUUCCUCGUCCGUCGUGUCCUGCCCCAGCCCCACCAAAGAAGUAGACGACGCGCGCGAAGCCAUCCAACUCUGCCCUUUCCCCUCCUGCCGCACCGCGCUAGCCGCAGCCCCCGUGCGCGUAAGCCAGUCAUCCUGCCCCGCGCUCCGCACAGUAAGGAAACGCGGCGUAUUCGCACCUCCAGUCCGACUGCCGCGAAGAGCACCCGGAGUCACCCUCUUCUUCGCCCCCUUCGUCGAGCCCAAGUGAUGACUCCGCUCGACCACCAGCGCCGCCUCGCUCUUCGCUUUCGGAAUCAGCCCGCUGCCAACCGGCGCUCGGGAACUCCCACUGUCCCCCGUCACUACCAAUCCAGCAUACUCAUACCCUCCUCCUCCUACUUCCCCACCCUCGC